AUGAAAGCUCAUAGGAGGUUGCUCGAGGAGAAAGGCGUCGGCAAGGAAGUAUUGGAUCGUGCAAAGGAUCUUGAGUACUACGACCUGGACAACUUGACUGAACGAGAAGACGUCAUAUCAUGGUUCUACUUGCUGGACGAUGAUCUCGAAGACUUUGACGUCACUGAAAGCACACGGCCUACCUUGGCGAUGCUCGGCCUUCUCAAGUGUAAAAUCGAGACCUUCGACGUCGAUCGGAAGCCGAACGUGCUCGGAGAGCCUAGACGUCAUGAGAUCCUACGCAAAUGGAUCGACGGGUGGUGUAGAACAUUUGUGACACAUCAUCCACUGAAGCUGUACCAGCCUCAUUUCACCCGUGCGGACAUCAAUUACGCCGCCGUGUACGCGAAGCUUCAGUAUAAUGAGGCGCUGCUGACCUAUCAGGAGCUAUGGCAGGAGUGUCUGAAGGCUGAUAUGAUUGAUGUCGAGGCGACGUACCACGGGGACCGCAGCUAUCCUCCUCCCAACCUUCUAAUUGAAAAGCUAUUGAACCCACAGGAUCUCGUCGACUUCAAUAAGUUCGAUGAUGAAACCUUGAAGAGUUUAGAUUGGAGGGUCGUGGAUUUUGAAGACGCCAAAGCAGCAGAAGAGCGAAAGAACUUCAGGUACUCCAUUGCGGUCUUUGCUCACAAUACCAGGACCAUCGAGGCUUGGACCAUUUCCCUGCAGGACGCCCAGGAUUCCUUCCCAGGCUGA